AUGGGUUCCAUUGCAACCACCAAGGCCGAGGCGGAUGCCCAUUUGGAAACUCUUCGUCAAAAGAGGGGCGUUGGUAGAGGACAACAAGAGGACGUUUCAGAUCAACUAUACAAAGCUUCAACCCAUUUCAUUCUCGAAUUAAUCCAGAAUGCAGAUGAUAACCAGUAUGGUUCUGAAAUUGUGCCCAGUCUGCGACUGGCAUUAUAUAAAAAUGAAGGUCAGGGAUAUUUCCGGUCUGACUGUAACGAAGUUGGCUUCACAUUCAAGCAACUUGACGCUCUUACACGAGUGGGCCAAAGCACCAAAGCCACCAGCAUUCACGACUCAAAGUCGUACAUCGGUGAAAAGGGCAUCGGAUUCAAGUCCGUGUUCAAGGUAGCUGAUGUGAUCCACGUCGCAAGUGGGCUUUAUGAAUUCAAGUUUGACCGCAAUACUCGCAUCGGAAUGAUUCUUCCCAUUACCUCACAAUUUCCUACCGCAGAUCGCGUGGUUGAUCAUACGCAGUUCCUGCUGGAGUUGAAAAGUCAACGUGACUACGAUAUUAUUAAGAAGGAACUAAACAGUAUCGAGCCAGACCUGCUGCUCUUUCUACGUAAUCUGCACCAGGUUCAUAUAUCGACUUACGGCUCGAACAAGGUUUAUCGACGUAAGACCACGAAAUUCGACGCAAGAUAUAAAGGAGAAGCUGUGGAGAUAUCUGUUCAAAGCGACGAUAUUACAUCAAAAGAAUUAAUCGUACACCGACAUGUUGUCGAGAAGCUACCCCCAGAACCCCAGAGAGAAGGCGUGGUUUCUUCUGAGGUCGUACUAGCGUUUAUAGUCGACAGUGAAGCUAAUCCCGUAGCCAACACUCAAAAGGUGUUUGCUUUUCUCCCAGUUGACGAUUUUGGAUUCCGCUUUCUUAUCCAUGCGGAUUUUAUACUUGUAGCCAAUCGAGAGGGCCUCAAUGAAUCGAGCCUUUGGAACUGGUCUCUCAGGGAUGAAAUCCAGACUGCUUUCGUGGACGCAAUCCACCGUCUUGUUUCACUAUCCCCCACCCGGGAUGGGGAGGGACUGUGCUACAAGUGGCCGAAAUACCUCCCUCGUUAUCAUGGAACCUCGGGUUUUUGGUAUGGCCUACAUGAAAACAUGAUGAAUGCCCUGCGUGAUACACCAUUACUGAGAUCGCGAGCGGGAGGCACUCUACGAAUGCCUACGGAUCUCUACUACGUUCCUGAAAGGUAUAGAUUUGAAAAUGGAACGGUUUUCGACCUCCCGUCACUUUCACGCUCGCACUUGUCAUUUGAGUAUGAUAGCGUGAAGUCAGAACUUUCCUUAAUUGGGGUCAAAACUCUUAAUAACAAUGAUCUAUGGCGAGAACUUUCCCAAUGGAUUAAUGAAGUUGGAGUUGACGGCCUAAAAGCUCAAUCAGUCAAGUGGCACCAAAAAGUCAGUUCAAUCUUCUGCGACCAACAAAAGCUACGAGAGAAGCUCCGAGAUUUACCAAUUGUGCCUCUUCGGGAUGGCUCAUGGGUCAGGGCGCGCCAGGAUCGCGUCUUUUUUACUUCUACGCAUACCCAAGAGCAUGUACCCACUGGCAUCGAGCUCUCUCUCGUAGAUAACUCUGUAUCUCAAGACUCAGAACGACGAAGAUUUCUAAGUUUCUUGGGAAUUCGAGAAUACAGCCCGGCUCAAGUUUGCGGAUUGAUUAUCAAACUUCACCAUGAUCUACCCCCGGGGCCCUGCCGCACAGAAAUGGAUCUUGUCACGGACGCUCUUUAUCUUUUCGAUCAUCAGUCGUGUACCAACUACGAAGUUCCCAACAUUCACUUUGUAGCUAUAGAGGGCGGGAAAACCGUGCGAACUAGAAAACGCCAUCUAUACUUGGUCGAUCCCGAUGUCAAGCCAGGUUUGAUAGCAAAAUAUCAGUAUAACGCGUCAAGUCCACUCAUGGUGCUCUCGAGUAAGUAUGAAGUUGAGCUCUGCAAAGAUAGACCACGACAGGAGGCAGAGUUAUUUCGACGGUGGCUCCUUGGAUCCAGAUACAGAGAAUUUUCUACAGUCCCAACACUUUUGCAUAACAACGAACUAAGUGCCGAGUGGCACUUCCUUCGCAGCCACGACGUGAUGGAUUUACUACAAGCCAUAAGGCUACAGUGGGACAGAAAAGGCAUGCUAUCCCCCAUCAUUAUCAAGGCUGCAGCGGAACUUCAAGUGCCUGGCUCUGACGGCCGUUGUAGACCCCUAGGUCGCCUAGCUAUCCUCACUCCAGAGCUGAAGCAAAAAUGUCCGCAUCUCGAUUUUGUGAGCCUCCCGGAUCCUGAGUGCAACUGGGAGUUUCUGUCAAUUCUGGGCGUCUUAACCACCUGUAAUACGGCAGCAACUCUGCGAGAGCUCCAGAAGCUUGCACAGCUGCAAACAGAUGAGGUAGACAAGGAUGCAGUCAGAAAGAUAUACGAAAAACUGAACGCAAGCAUGCAAUCCGAGUGGAAGCAGAUAAGCACAGUUUUCCGGGAACAGCCCCUUGUGCUUGUUCAAAAACCCGAGCCAAGAUGGCUAGACCAUCUCUCCUGCGUCUGGGAUGCCCCAGGUGCUCUGAAGCAGGUCACAAGACUCAGAAAUCGCUAUCCCACAUGCAGACAGUUAUUCAUAUCCAUUCUGGGUGUGAGGCAAGCCAGCACUGAAGAUAUCGUUGAGGAACUGUGUUCUGUCUCAGAUGAGGGCGAUCUGGUUGUCCAGCGUUUCAGCGAGCUGUUCUUCCUGCUGAAGGAAUACGUUGUUGACCAUGAAGAGCUGAGCAAGGAUCAGGUUCGAAGAAUCCGACAAGCCGCGGUAUUUCCGAUUGUGGUUGAAGGGGGAAGCAGUGACGAACACCCGAGGAUCACACGACAGUCUAUAUGUGAGGGUAAUUGGUACGUUCCAGAUGAAGUUCAUCUGGAGCAAGCUUUUCGAUGCAGGGUCGCUAUGCUUAGCAUGCGCGUCAAGGACGUCAAGACUUUGCAUGAGCUCUUUGAGAAUCUGGACUGCAAGCAAAUGUUUCUUUCUUGUGCAGUUGGGCAAUCAACUGAAUUGAAAGGCACAUGCAUUCGUGACUUGCGCCGAGAAGGAGAUUUAAUGAUACGCCUCGACUAUCUUGCAAUGGCAUUCGAUCAGCCAACACUCUUCGAGGAUAUCAUGGUGCAAACGUGGUCAGUAUCAUCAAUUCUUACCAAAAGCCGGUUAGGAGACGUUGAAAUAAGCGAAGACAAGUUGAUCUCCAUCAAAAAUGAUGAUGAAGGGGUCACAAACAUAUACAUCCGCGAAGAUAUCGCCAUGACCGAGAAGUGCAGAGACGAUCUCGUAUUGCUUGAGCAUUUUAUUGGUAACGAUGGUAUAUUUGAAGUUGAUGCGGAGGAAGCCAAGCUGUUCACACUUUUCCUGACAGAACCUUUUGCCCAACUCUCUGGAAUCCUGGAGAUGUGUAAUAUCGAAGUUCCUGAUAGCCCGGGCAAUGGAGAUACUGGUAAUCAACAAAACGACCAUGAGGACCAAGAAAGUGACGGCGAAGAUAAAGUGGCAACGAUUAUACAUCCAGCCACAGCUUACUCGGUUAGCGAUUCUGACAGAGAGGAAAUGACGGAGAGCGGCAGCGAAAGCCAGCUUAUCGAUCUCGCAAGAGAAUUCGGGAAUCUUAGAAUAUCAUCAUCACCAUGUGGCAAUGAUACGAAUUUCAUCACUCCAGCAAGCUCGCCUCGACUUGUCCCAGAGCAUGAAGUGAUCACCUCUAACAAUCCGACAAGCCAAGGAACCAUCCAAAGACCAACCGUAUUUCAUGCAGACGAGACCCCAGUUGCGAGAACUCCGAGAAGUACUACUCAGUUACGUGGCGUACUAGAUCAGCAUGUUCCAACACAAGCAGCAGAAAUCACAUCCGGGAGCGAUCUUUCUUUGCCUCUAUAUUCACCCCUAGUGCCUGCAUCCUACCAGAAUAUUCUCGGUUCAAAUAGCCCUAGACACGAAAAUUCUCCUAGAGCCUUGGGAGUUCCAUCUAACAGAUAUAGGGAGAUUGGGUUCCUCGGGGAGAGUUUCGUCUAUCGUAUGAUUCAACCUCAUAUCAAGGACUGGACAUAUGAGAAUUGGACGAGCAAGUUGCGAGUCGAGGCUGGGCACCCUCGAUUCACUGAGCGCGAAAAGGACUUUUCCGACUUUACAUACCAGGAUCGCUUUGGUCAGAUGAAGAUAUUGUUACAAGAAGCUGGCGUAGACGUAGUCGCCGGCUGGUCCCAUGACACAACGUUUCAUCUUGAGGUCAAGGCGACACUAGGCCCGUGCAGCGAGCCAUGCUUUGUGUCCCAGAAUCAACUCGACAAGAUGCGCCAGUACGAAGGGGACUUAGCCAACGUUUACAUCCUCAUUCGGGUUUUCCAGAUGGAAGCAGAAGGGGGCCCGGAUUUUCGAUUAUUUGUCAAUCCUUGGAGUCUCUACUUGACGGGGGCUCUCGAAUUUAGGUCGAGCGAAGGAUAUAAAGUCUAUGGGUUGAUGUGAGAUCAAAUAACGACCGAGCUUUAGCGCCAGGAGUUUGGGCUGUACGAUUGAUCAAGCACUGAUUAGGGGAGUGUAUUGGGUUUCUUGGGCAAAGGCAGUAAUGCAGCUGCAACAAUCAGAGCGACAACACGUAACAGUGAAUUAGUGAUUUUUUCCACUGCUGUUCACUCUAGACGAUGCCACACGGAAACAAAGCGAAACCAGC